AUGAGUGAUCUUCCUACUGAUCCUGGACUGCGAAUUCCAAUUUCAGAUUAUAGCCUGAAUAUUCAAGAUCAAAUCCGAAGACAUUAUUUGCAGCAAGGGCCUUGUCAACCAAAAAAUCAUAAAUUUCUUCCGAAACUUUUUGGAGGCGUGGAGCGUCGGUUCAACAUUGAAUGGUAUGAUCAAUUUCCUACUUGGUUAGAGUAUAUCAUCGAUAAAAAUUCUGCAUUUUAUCUAUAUUGUUAUCUUUUUAAGCAAAAUAAUGGAAAACAAGGUGGUGGUGAGAUAUUUGUUAGUAAGGGUUUUUCAAAUUGGAAUAAAACAGAAACAUUUGCAAAUCAUGUUGGAAAACAUGAUAGUUCUCAUUACGAAUGUUACAAGAAAUGUGAAGCCUUGAUGAAUGAAAAACAACAAAUUCAACACAUUUUUGUCAAGAAAAACGACAAAGAUCGAAAAAGUUAUCGUGUUCGAUUAACUGCAUCAGUUGACAGUAUUCGAUUUCUUCUACGACAAGGUCUUGCAUUUCGUGGUCAUGAUGAGUCUGAAGAUUCUAAUAAUCAAGGUAACUUUCUUGAACUUCUAAAUUUUUUGGCUGAUCAUAAUGAGGAAGUUAGAGCUGUUGCUUUGAAAAAUGCUCCUGAAAACCUUAGAUUGACUUCCCCAAGGAUUCAGAAAGACAUUGUAAAUGCAUGUGCUAUUGAAACAAUUGAUGUUAUUAUUAAAGACAUGGGAGAUGCUAUAUUUUCUAUUUUAGUUGAUGAAUCUCGUGAUGUAUCUAUAAAGGAGCAAAUGGUUGUAAUGUUUCGUUAUGUGGACAAGAGAGGGUAUGUGAUUGAACGAUUCAUAGGCAUUGAACAUGUUCCAAAUACAACAGCAAUCUCACUAAAAAUAGCAAUUGAUAAGCUAUUUUCAAAGCAUGGGUUGGGCAUAUCUAGACUACGAGGUCAGGGAUAUGAUGGAGCUAGUAACAUGAGUGGAGAAUUCAAUGGUUUGAGGAGUAUUAUCAUGAAGGAGAAUGAAUGUGUUUUUUUUGUUCACUGUUUUGCUCAUCAACUUCAAUUAGCACUCAUGGGUGUAGCCAAAAAACAUGAUUUAAUAGGUACUUUUCUCACUGUGGUAUCCAAUGUGGUGAAUAUUGUUGGAGCAUCAUCUAAGCGUCGUGGCAUUCUUCGAGAAAAACAAGCUCAGAAAGUCAUUGAAGCCUUAAAAAGUGGACAACUUUCAAGUGGAAAAGGCUUAAAUCAAGAAAAUGGGAUUAAGCGUCCAUGUGAUACACGAUGGGGAUCACACUUUGGCACUUUGGUAAGCUUCACUAUCAUGUUUUCAUCUAUCCUUGAUGUACUUGAGGAAAUUACAAAUGAUAGUUUGAAUAGUGACCAAAAAUAUGAAGCAUUUAUUAUGUUACAAGUGGUGCAAUCAUAUGACUUUGUGUUUAGUUUGCAUUUGGUAAAAAAUAUACUUGGAAUCACAAAUGAGUUGUCGCAAGUCUUACAAAAAGGUGAUCAAGAUAUUGUGAAUGCCAUGGAUUUAGUUAAAGUAUGCAAGGAGCAAUUACAAAUAAUGAGAGAUAAUGGAUGGGAUUCCUUAGUAGAAGAAGUUUCUAAGUUUUGUGUGGAAUUCAAUAUCGAUGUUCUAAAUAUGGAUGGAAUUGUGAUAGAUUUACAACUACAAGAGCUACAUAGUCGUUUUAAUGAGGCUAACACUGAGUUGCUACUUUGUGUAGCAUGUUUGUCUCCAAAUAAUUCUUUUGAUGCUUUUGACAAGGAAAAGCUAAUUCAAUUGAAAGGAAUUGCUGACCUUUCAAAAAGAUUAGUGGAGACAAAUAAACGUGAGGUAUAUCCAUUGGUAUAUUUGCUUAUUAAAUUGGCAUUAACACUCCCAGUUGCAAUAGCUUCAGUAGAAAGGGCAUUUUCAGCUAUGAACAUUGUGAAAAAUCAAAUGCGCAACAAAAUGGGAGAUGAAUGGUUGAAUGAUAGCUUGACUGUGUAUCUUGAAAAAGAUAUAUUCAAUAUUAUUGACAAUGAGACUAUUAUUCAUCGUUUUCAAAACAUGAAAACUCGUUGA